UGUCAUACAUUCGCGGGAGAAGAGCUUUGCAAAGUUUUGUCAGCAACUAUUUAAUUUUAUGGAAUUUAUUUGAGGUACUUGGCAGGCGGUAGCUGCGUGUUAUUAGUACAACCUUUACAGUUUGUUGGCUGCACACUACUAGACAGCUUCCUAGCUAGCUAGACAGCUAACAACAUAACUGGCAAACUUUUUGCAAGAGGUCUGUCGUUUUGAUCCAAAGCCUCUAAUAUGGCAAUCAUGUGUCACUCAAGACGUGCCCUGAUGGAAAUCCCAGCUCCACAGCCGAAAAUUGCAGCUCGAAUGAGAAGGUCCUACCUGGAGGUUCUAAGUUCACGCAUAGCUCCAUUCUCAACCACCUCUAGAGGCAGAAACCUGACCAGCAACUCAAAACGUGGGCAUUCAUUGGACCCAGCCAUAUACAGAACAGGGAGUAGUCGGAGUGAGGCCCAAAGUGAGAGAAUGGAAGACAACCAGACACCCCUGUCCAACCAGCAGCUUGUGCAGCUCAUAAGAUCUUUCAUCCUAGUAGAACAGGGGCAGAGGCAGGAGCCCAGAGCCCUCACUACAGACCUGAAGCUGUUACAGGAGGACUUGCACCUUAAGAAGACCAAUGUCUACAGAUCUAUACCCUACUCACGCCUGGGGUCCAACAGAGAUGCACACUGUUACAGAAAGGCAUAUCCACACCUAGUGGUGUUUAAAGUUUCCUGCCAGGAGUGGGGUCAACUGCUGCUGCAGAACGAGGAGUGGGAGUCUGCUCUGGAGCACGCCCUAGUGGCGUGGAGGUACACCAGCGAGCUGCCACAGUGGGACACCAGCAGCCACAACUUAGUGAGGGAACAGUGUUACAGCAUGCUGGCAGCACACUGCAUCACAGCUCUACAGCACUACUGCCCAGACCCCAGCAAAGCCAUAGAGCUGCACAGGAGGUUUAAAAUGGCACAGCUGCACAGUCAGUUGAUCUCUCCUUGUAUUCAGGAGCUGGAGAGAAGCCUCGGCGAAGCACAGGUUUGUUCCAUGAACACCCGCUGAAAUGGCCAACACUAAGAUCAGCUGACAACAAUCAGCACGGCUUCCAAGUUUAUGGGGUUGCACUAUUGAACAGCGUGUAUCAGUGGUUGCCAUUCAACUAUGUUUGGUAUCCUUGCCUUGUGUUGCGCUAUUCCCCCUUGCCGUGUGUUGCGCUAUUCCCCCUUGCCGUGUGUUGCGCUAUUCCCCCUUGCCGUGUGUUGCGCUAUUCCCCCUUGCCGUGUGUUGCGCUAUUCCCCCUUGCCGUGUGUUGCGCUAUUCCCCCUUGCCGUGUGUUGCGCUAUUCCCCCUUGCCGUGUGUUGCGCUAUUCCCCCUUGCUUUGCCUACAGUAUUCCCUCAGAGUAAAAAAAGAGAAAGUAUUGAAUUUUGGUAAGCUGUUUUUUUAAAUAUGAAUUUAAGCUUUUUGUAUUUAAGUUUUGUAAAAUGUGUUUAUUGCCAUUGAACUGUUGAAUGUUAUCAUAAGGAAAUUAUGAAAUGGCCUUUUCACCAAGAUGUUUUAUAUGUGGGGGAUGUUUUUGUGGAUGUGUUGAAAAAUGCUACGAUACAUGAAACAGCUGCCUUAUUUCAACUUGGCCGAAUGCUA